AUGGGUUUCUACGGCGUCGCCACACUGGUCACCGCUGCAAUUUUGGCGAGUACUUCUACCUUGGCUGUAGUGGACCCGAACACAGCAGAUUUCUUGCCUUUGUAUCAGACGUCGGCUGCUGUCGAGGGCAACGCCCCCACGCAUAGGCUUCUGAGAAGUUAUAUCCAAGUGGACGAUGGCGAGGAGAGAGCAGCCUUGCCCGAGCAGCUUAAAAACUUGUUCAAGUGGGACGAUGCAAUUGUAAAGGGAUUGACGAGCAAGUCGGAACCCCCUUACGAGGCUCUUGUUUCGUUAGGCCUUAGCAAAGUCAACAAUAACGCCCUUUCUGACGCCAAGUUUAAAAGUUGGUUCAAGUACGUUGAAAAGACCAACAAGCACGACUGGGAAAUCGAAGCGAUUUCGGCUCUCCGACACGAGAACACUGAAGCAGUCGUGGCCAGUAUGAUCUCGGCGGGGACGAGCGGGAAGAACAAAGCAGUCGCCAAGAAGCUGGAGCAAGCUCAGGUUAAGGAUUGGCUGGACGCUGGUUACUGGCCAGCAGAUGUCAUCGAAAAAGUCUACAAGCUCGGUCCGGCAAGUGUGGACGGCUGGAAACGCGCACGUGCUGGGAGGAAUGCACCUGCUGGAAUGAGUGAGUGCGUCUGCGUGACACCAAACGAAGACGAUAACGGCGCGAGCGAAUCGAACACUGCGAGCACGGACAAUGAGGUCAUGGAUGAAUCUAAGGCUGAGAGCAAUGCGGACAAAAAACAUCUUGCUACAAUACAACAGACUUUCGAGGCGUGGGGGGAGCUUUCAGAAGAAGUCGUAGCGAAAAGCUUCCGGAAAGCUAUUCCAAUGCGCCUGACAGUUGAAAUAUAA